AUGCAUCUUGGCUGUAUGAUACAAUUCUUGGCCGAUUGUUGCAAUCAUAUGCGGCAAGUAUAUCGGAAGACUUAUCGCGAAUACAUAAAAUGGAGAUGGGAGAGAAAGCCAGAAAGUGACAACGGGUUCCAUGGAACCCGUGUACACGUCUUUGAUGAUCCGGAUACUGCAGAGCAUUGGGCUAGUAUUUAUGAAAAAGCUCAAUAUGAGGGUCUGCAUCGCUUUGAUCCUGCUUUCACUUGGACACCCGAGGAAGAGAAGAAAGUAGUUCGAAAGGUGGACUUGCGAAUCAUGUUCUGGGCGUGGUUGAUGUUCUGUUCGCUGGAUCUCAACCGAAGAAAUAUCAACAGGGCUAUCACUGAUGAUAUGCUUCCUGAGCUAGGCAUGAACACCAAUGACUUCAAUUAUGGACAGACUAUAUUCCUAGUGUCCUUUCUCGCAGCCGAGCUUCCCAGCGGCCUGAUCAGUAAAAAGGUCGGCCCGGAUAGGUGGAUACCGUCCAUUAUUGUUUCCUGGUCAGCCAUCAGCGCAGCACAAGCUGCUCUUUCGAGCAGAGCGGGAUAUUUCGCCUGUCGAGCGCUCCUAGGGCUUCUGAUGGGUGGCUUUAUACCUGAUAUUGUGCUAUGGUUAUCUUACUACUACAAAGGCCGAGAACUGCCCAUUCGUCUUAGCUGGUUCUGGACUGCCCUCAGCACUUGUAAUAUCGUCGGAUCCCUACUCGCCGCUGGAAUCCUGCAGAUGCGCGGAAUCCGAGGAUGGAGCGGAUGGCAAUGGCUCUUCCUGAUCGAAGGCCUAGUCACAGCAAUCAUCGGGGUCCUAUCCUGGGGACUAAUGCCGCCAGGCCCCUGCCAAACAAGAAGCUGGUUCCGAGGCCGAGAAGGCUGGUUCAGCGAGCACGAAGAACGCAUCCUAGUCAACCGACUCCGCGACGAUCCAUCCAAAGGGGACAUGAAUAACAGACAAGCAGUCGGCCCAGUUGCCCUCCUCAAGUCCCUCCAAGACUUCGACCUCUGGCCCUUAUACCUCCUCGGUCUCCUAAUCUACAUCCCACCACAACCGCACGCAAACUACCUAUCGUACGUCCUCCGCAGGCUCGGUUUCUCAACCUUCCACGCCAACCUCCUCGCCAUCCCCUCCCAAUUCAUGUUCGCCAUCAACCUCCUAAUCAUAACCCGCAUCUCCGACACCCUCAACGAACGUUCCAUCGUCGCCUCAACCUCCAACCUCUGGAUCCUCCCCUGCCUAAUCGCCCUCGUCGCCCUCCCAGACUCAGCCAGCACUUGGGCCCGCUACGCCAUCACCACCGUGCUCCUCAGCUAUCCCUACCCCCACGCCAUCCUAGUCGGCUGGAACGCCCGCAUCAGCAACACGGUGCGCACGCGCGCCGUCAGCGCUGCGCUGUACAAUAUGUGCGUGCAAGCGGGGAAUAUCAUCGGGAGUAACAUCUUCCGGGAGGAUGAUAGUCCGCUUUACCGGCGCGGGAAUAAGGUUUUAUUGGCGAUGUGCUCGUUUAAUGUAUUGGUGUUUUAUGCGGUUAAGGCGUACUAUAUUUGGCGGAAUAGGGCGCGAGAGAGGAAGUGGGCGGCCAUGCCGGCAGAGGAGCAGAGUGAGUAUUCGUUGUCAACGACGGACGAGGGGGUAAAGAGGUUGGAUUUUCGGUUUGUCCAUUGA